AAAACUCGAUCUUGCGGGGGGGAGGAAAAAAUAAAACGUCGUUGAUUUCGGUGGUAAAUUAUUGUUCUGAUUGAGCGGAGAGGGGACGUCAGCGGGAGACUAGAUCAGAGAGAAUUGCUGCGUAAUGUUGGCGAAAUUCCUAUUUAGGCACAUGUGGGGGAUUUAAGUGAGCUGGAAAGAAACAGGCGCGCCUGUCACCGAGGGAGAGAGAGAGAGAGUGAGGAGGAAAAAAAAAAACUUCAGAUGGACACUGGCAAACUGACUUUGAAUGCGUUGUCGGGAGCUUAGUCGAGAUCAGAAACUGAUAACGCAGUCCGCCGCCGAUCCCCGUCCGGGUGCAGACGGGCUGAAGACAGGCCGUUUUGUGCUGCAUUUGAUUUAAAGUUCUGCGUCUUGAGUUACUUGGCUGAGUAAGACGAUUUCACGUCGACGCGGUUUAAACCAGCCGGCGGACGCAGGUCGAAAAUACACGACCCUUCCAGUCAGACGUGGCCCAGCUUUUGCGAUGGAGGGAGAAAAGAAUGAAGUCAAAGGCAAGGUGGGAGAUCAAGUUAUGCAGAAUCCUCAAGCCCUGGCAGCUCUUCAGGAAAGACUUGACAGUGUGUCCCACACUCCUUCCACCAUCAUUGAAAGUUUACCGAGGUCGGUCAAGAGACGAGUCAAUGCCUUGAAGCAGCUGCAGGUCAAGUGUGCGCACAUAGAAGCCAAGUUUUAUGAGGAAGUUCACGAGUUGGAGAGAAAGUACGCGGCCCUCUACCAGCCUUUGUUUGACCAGAGACGAGAUGUGGUCACUGGAGGAGUGGAGCCCACAGAUGAGGAGUGUGAGUGGCACAGUGACAGAGAAGACGAGGAGGAGUUAGCUGACGAACUGAUGAAGAAAGCCACUGUGGAGGAGAACAAGGCGGAUGCGGCCCAGGAAGAGGAGCCAAAGGGCAUUCCGGAGUUCUGGCUCACAAUCUUCCGGAGCGUGGACAUGCUGAGCGACUUGCUGCAAGAACAUGAUGAGCCAAUUCUGAAACAUUUGCAAGACAUCAAAGUGAAGUUUUCUGAUCCAGGAGAGCCGAUGAGUUUUACCCUAGAGUUCCACUUUGAGCCCAACAGUUACUUCAACAACACUGUUCUAACAAAGGUCUACAAGAUGAAGUCUGAGCCAGAUCCUUCAGAACCAUUUUCCUUUGAAGGGCCAGAGAUUGUUGACUGUGACGGCUGUGAGAUUGACUGGAAGAAAGGCAAGGACGUGACUGUGAAAACCAUAAAGAAGAAGCAGAAGCACAAGGGCCGGGGCACAGUGAGGACUGUUGUCAAGCAAGUGCCCAACGACUCCUUCUUCAACUUCUUCAACCCCGUCAAAGUGUCAGGAGACGGGGAAGCUUUGGAUGAAGACUCCGAGUUCACUUUAGCCACGGAUUUUGAAAUUGGCCAUUUUUUCCGUGAGCGGAUAGUCCCCCGGGCGGUGCUGUAUUUUACUGGAGAGGCCUUGGAGGAUGAGAGCUUCGAAGAGGAGGAGGGAGAGGAAGGUGAAGAGGAGGACCACGAAGAGGAGGGAGAAGAAGAUGACGAGGCCGACUAUGAUCCUAAGAAAGAAGCCACCCAGCCUGCUGAGUGCAAGCAGCAGUAAAUUGGAGCUCCCACUGCCAUGAGACUAGAGACGCCACGUCACCCAGAUCCAACCCGAUUCUCCAGUCUGCAGAAUACAUCCCUCACUGCAAAGCAAUCGUCAAAAUAACUAAAAAAGACACAAAAAUGUUUUAAGGUGCAUGACAUUUUCCCAGAUUAUUGCAGUUUUUGCUUUACGUUGUACAGUGUAAACCUCAAACUUUGGGGAACUAAGGCAGUACAGAAGUGCAACCUACAUCCUGGGUCACUUUCUUCAGAUGGAUUCACAGCACCAUCACAUUCCAGACCCCCUGUGAAAGGAAUCAUUUUAGCCUACUGAUUUCCGACUGAUCCACUUGCUCACAUCAAAGGUUACUCAGGGGUUUUGUAUGCUAAGAAUCGAUGUUUUAAAGUCCCACCUAACACGAUUCUUCAUGUCAUUGGGAUUGCCUACUUAUAUUUACUCAUGUCAUGUUUUUAUUUUGAAAUCCAGUGUUUCACAUAUUUAGGUAAAGUUAUUUAUGUAUUUUGUUCCUAGUUUGGAUUUUGUAUUGAUUCAAAUGAGAACUGUUUUGCACAUCUUAAUAGCACUCUGGCAAGCGAGGGGUUCAUCCACUGUUAAAUCCAAACCAUUGUUUUGCCCCACACCUUCCCCCUGUUAAAUAUCAGUUUCCAUAACGUGGAGCUGCUGCUUUGCCGAAGCAUUUGCAAAUAACUGAAACUGUAUAAAGUUUUGCCAAAUUAUUUUUAUUCUAGAAACUUACUUGUAAAAUACGUAAUGAAAAAAUGUUUAGACUUAAACACAGGAAGGAGCUGGAACUGCACCAGCUGACGGAUUGAGACGCAUGCCUGGACUUGUGACCAAGUUGCAGACUCUCACAUCCGUUCACUGGUAAGAUUUGGAGUGCUGUCGUACUCGGCAUGAGCAGGUGUUAGACUGUGGAUUGUUCUCCCUUCUUGACAGGAUUGACAGAAAUGGAGAGCUCAUUCAGCAGUACCUUGUACAGUAGCUCACAUUUACAUAAACUGAAAUGCUUGAAUAAGAAUUACUGUCAUCUUUACUACUCGAAAGUGUGAUGCAUUGAUGAAUGGUAAUGCAUUAUAAUAUCCCUUAGGUCUUUAGAGCAUCUAGUUUUUUUCUAAGUCUUCUAAGGUAAAGUUUCUGAGUGAAUUUAGGCCUAACCAUGAAAAUACAGCAGGCCUAGGGAUAGCAUUUCUCAAACCCCUACUGAAAGCUACAUGCAAAAGUGCACCUUUUAAAUUGUUUUAAGCAGCUCUUCCCUGUAACAGAAACAGUUAAGCUAAGGCUGAAAUUCAGUGGCUAACACCAGUCACAACACCAUGCCCUUGUAUGUAGACGUGUGUUUUGGCCUUACCUUGUUCUACACAAUUUGUUACUCAAUAUGGUGUUUUCAAUUUGUACAGAAUAACUAGAAUAUUCUAUUAAAAAUUGUGCAACAUGAAAAUA